AUGAUCAAGACCAUUAAGAUAAAAAAUGAUAAAUGCAGCCCAUAAUUUGAAAUUUUUGAAGUGAUCAAAGCAUAAUAGUUGACAGUUGAGAAACUUUAGAUUAUCAACCAAGAUUUAAUUAUGGGAUUUUCAAAAUCUGAACAACAUAUGAAAAUUUGGAGUGUUUCAAAGAGAUAAGCUGUUUUUGAACAUUUUUUUGAUUAAAGAAAAAAAGCCAAUGAAUUGUUGAUUAUAUAAAAUUUAAAUGAUUUGGUAGCAUAUAGUUUUUCAGAUAAAUAGGUUUAUAUUUGGAAUGUAGAAUUUAAAAAUGGAUUCUCUUUAUUGUAUGAAUUAAGUUAUGAAUAAUAGAUAUAGAAAAUAAAAUUAUCUUAUAAUCCUUUUUUACUAGGAAUAUUAUAUAAUGAUUAAAAAAUUAGAUAAUUAAAAAAAGAUUAAUAAGAAUCAAAUUUUGUUUAUUAAUAAUAUUAGAUUGAAGAUUAUAGUUUUUUUUAAAAACUAAAUUUUUUAGCUAUUAUGUCUAAAAAAGGAUUUGUGUAUAUAUUUUCAAUUAACUCUAAAAAAUAUAUUAAACAAUGGAAUGCUCAUUAACGUGGUUAAUGUUCUAUUGAUGGUAUUGAUAAAGAUUAAUUAAUUGUAACUCAAGCAAAAGAUUACUCUAUCAAAAUUUGGCACAUGAGAACUUAUCAUUUAUUAAAAGUUAUAGAUUCAAGAAAAAUGUUAAUAUCUUAAUAUGAUAAAUAUAAUUAUACUUUAUUGAUGUCUACAUUUAAGCCAUCAUUAGAUAUAAUUAGUUUAAGAACUAGUAAAUUAAUUUAAAGUUUAGAAGUUGAUUAUCCAAUUCUCAAAAUAGAAAUUGAAUCUGAAAGUAAACUAAUUGCAAUUUUAGACUAUGAUUUUCAGAUAAUUUUAUUAAGAAAUAAAUAAUAUUGA